GGAACGCUGCUACCGGAAGAAUGGUGUUUUGGAGGACGCUUUGCCCACUGUCUUUGCUUUGCCUUUUGAAUGAAAUGGUAGCUAUAGCUACGUAAACUAUAUGUCACAAUAUCCACAAACCACAAUUUCGACGAAUAUUUGGAUUCUCACAUGUUACAAGCUCCUGCUCAACAAGUUGCAGCUUCAGCCUGACAAAUUGGAUUGUAUUGGGAAGGAAGAGGUGGAACUACAGUAACGUUAGUACACUGGCUUCAGUUUACUCUGAAGACAAAAUCAAACGAAAAGUGUUUAUUUUUACGAGCGUGUACACGCUGGAAUUAGAACGCACGGAACUGAAUGAGAGAGAACAGACGGGCCGCGAGCGUCAACGCCGCCAUGUAUAACGUUACUGGAAAUUAGAAAGUCUAUUUCUCUCGCGUCAACCUAAAGCAACGCAGGCAAAGUGAGCGCAUACACGAAAAAAGCCAUGAGGACCCGGUCAAUCUCACCGCCCCUACAUGUGCAUGUGAAUGAGACUACGCCUGUGCACGUGCAUGUGAAGAAGAGCAGGAGCCCUUCCAGGACACCACAGGGUAAGACCAAGGGUGAUGGAGGGAUCCUGCGACCUACUGCAAAGGUGAAGACACGGGUGCCAUGGAUACCGCCUGGGAAGGCCUCAAUGCGGGAUGCCUCUUACAAAUGGGAGGGGCCGACUCAUCGCCUGGAGAUCACACCAUUACCUGAGCCCGAGACCUCCCACUCUCCCCUGCGAUUGGCCGACCUGUCGUCAGAGGAGGAGGAAGUGCUGCAUGGACGAAUCAACCAGUACGAGAGGAAGAUUGACAGCCUGAUGACUGAGGUCAGCUCGUUGAAGAGUGAGGUGGAGCUGCGGAGGAAGGAGCAGCUGUUGGAGCGCCAGUCGGAGAAGCUGAGCGCCUCCCAGCGGGUCAUCGAGGAACAGGAGGAGGAGCUAGCCGAGGUGUCCAAGGAGCUAGAGGUCACGGAGAGGGAAAACUCCCGCCUGCGCCACUCCAUGGAGAAGAUGUUGGAGGAGACGGACUGCACCAGCAGAGUGGAGAGGUCUAUGGAGUCGAUUCAGCUGGAGAAGGACACCCUGCUCAGGAAGCUGAUGGAGGCAGAGAUGGACGGGAUGGCUGCUGCCAGGCAGGUGUCAGCCCUGAGAGAGACCGUCACCAAGAUGAGGAGCUCCAGCGCCAGUAGAAUGUCGGGGUCUGAGUCUUCAUUCCUGGCGCGUCAGAAGGAGUUGCUGCUCCAAAAACUGGAAACAUUUGAGUCCACCAACCUCACUCUCCGCCACCUACUGAGGGAACAGCAUGGACGUGAGAUGGAAUCCAUGAGGAUUUCAGAGCAGAAAGAUGUACUUCUGAAGAGGCUGACGAACACAGAGGCAGAAAACUCGCAUCUUGUUUUGAAACUUCAAGAGAAAGAGAGGGAGGUUAAUCAACUGACUACACUUAUGGACACUGAGAAGGAGAAUGCUAAGACCACAGGAGAGCUGUCUAAAGUACUGGAGUCUACUCGGGCCCAUUUGCAGAGCCAGUUACGCAGCAAAGAGGCCGACAACAACCGUCUUGCUGUGCAAAUCAAGAACUUGGAGCGUGCGGCCAACCAGCAGCAGGGAGAGAUGGAUCACCUGCUGGAGCAGCUGCGGGGUCUGAAACUUCAGGCGGAGUCCAACAAAGAAGCCCUGAAGAGGGCUACGCGGGCCCAGAAACACCGGGCGGAGCGCAGUGAAGACACCGCCGGUCAGCUCAGAGCUCAGCUACUGGACAUGGAGAACCAGAUGGCAGAGGCCCUAUCAGCAGCAGAGAAUUGGCGUGGUCGCCACGCCCAGGAAAUGAAGGACAAGACUCAGCUAGAUAUGGAGGUCUCAGUCCUCAACAGCCGAGUGUCAGACCUGACAGAGCAACUCCAUGGGACAGAGGACAGGGCCCGGGCCGAGAGAGAGGGGCUCCUGGACCGCCUGCACAGCCUCACCACAGAGGGCACCCACGCCAAGCUAGAGAACCAGAGCCUCAAGGCCAUGUUGUCUGCAGUGGAGGAGAAGCUGACUCUGUCCCAGUCAGAGGUACAACAUGUCAAAGCCUCUGUGAAGCAAUACGAGAGCCUAGUGGACAACUACAAGACCCAGGUGGUGAAGACACGGGCCGAGGCAGACGAGUACUGUGCCAGGCUGGGACAAGCAGAGCGAGAGGCGCGGGAGGUCCGGGACCAGCUGGAGAGCGAAGUGGAGGCGGUGCGCAGGGAGCUGCUGGGCCGGCUGACGGAGCUGGAGCCUCUUCCUGAGGCACUGCGGCGCUCUGAGGUCCUACUGGAAGAAGCUCAGGACAGAGAACAUGCCCAGGAGAGACGUAGCACCGAGCUGAGUGUCGUCCUGGCUGACCUGCGCAUAAAGGUGGAGCAGCAGGGCAGCCAGGUGGAGCUGCUGAGACAGAAAAAGUCUGUCCUGUUGGAGGAGAACAAACAGCUGCAGCACCGUGUGGAGAGUCUGGAGAGGAAGCUAGAGGAGGCCACUUGUCAGAACAGAGACCUGGUGGGGGUGAUCGCCAAGCGGGAGGAGACCAUCCAUGGCAAUCAGCUCCGGCUGGAGGAGAAGUCCCACGAGUGCACGCACCUGACCCGCCAGCUGGAGGAGGCCUUGGACGAUGCCCGACGCCAGGUGUCCCAGACCCGGGAACGUGCGAUCACCAAAGAGCACUCCACCCAGUCCAAGGUGGUGGACCUGGAGACCCAGCUAAGCAGGACCACCACAGAACUCACCACCCUCCGCCGCAGCAAAGAGGAGGCAGAGCGACGGUACCAGUCCCGUCUUCAGGAUGUGAAGGACCGUCUGGAGCAGUCGGACAGCACCAACAGGAGUCUGCAGAACUACGUCCAGUUCCUCAAAGCCUCUUAUGCCAACGUGUUCGGAGACUCGGCCCUCACCAGCACUCUGCGGGCCCCUUCUCCCAUCUGAGGGAACUCUUCCCCAAAGAUUCUCUCAGAUCACACACACCUACACUAUGCACACGCACACACAAAUACACACACCCCAUUUGAGGGAACUCUUCCCCAAAGAUUCUCUCGGAUCACACACACACACAUCAUUAUCCAGGUCUAUACUCAGAGCUCUUUUCAACUAUAUUCAAUGUUGAUGUUGUGGGUGUAUAUGUUCCCAAUUAUACAUUAUAUCAAUAAUGUUACAAUAUAAUACAUCAAGUUUACACAGCUUUUACUUCCAGCUUGUCUGCAUUAAUUACAGUUGUCCUAUAGUUGUUCACGUCCUUCUGACUUCAUUAUGUUUUCAGUUCUACUGUUGAUGUCUCGGCAUACUGUAUCAUUCUGUACCUUACAGUACAACAGCAUGUAACCACCCACCUAACAGAUGUAAUGUACCAAAACAUAGCUGUCCAACAGAUCUGGGACUUGUCAUAGUAGAGUUAUAUAUCUUGGCUAUUUUUCAUCUUAUCAUAUUACGGAAUUGUUCCAAUGGUGCUAUGAUUGGUUAGCCUCGACCCAGAUCUGUUUGUGCUAUCGUGUCAACUCCUGUUUGGAAUGACAAGGAGUGGCAUGAUGACACAAACAGACUGGUACCCAGGCUAAUGAUGGUGCUAUCUGCUAAACAGAGCCAUAUCAAUGAAACCAAUUAUUUAGUUUGGUUUGUUUGCUGUUUGUGUCAGUAUUUGUCUAAAAUGUGAUACCCAUGAGAGGAGGAAUCAACAGUGAAGGAGUUGUGCUCUUGUCAAUAAUUUAAAUAUUUCUGCUUUAAUUAUGAAAUAGGAGAUAUAUAUUUGUAAUGGCCAUUUUAUAUACCUUGAAUGUGUAUAAACUUGUAUUGAGUUGCAAUAAAGCAAUUUCAUCAAGAAUA